AUGAAAUUGCUGAUCUUCCUGGCGGCUCUGACCACCUGCUUGGCCAGAGAUAUCCCAUCCAACUUGCAACGAUUCUACGAUACAGUCAAGAAUGCGGGUCCCUGCACGGGUGACAAUCUUUUACAAGAUGGCUUCUUCGACCAGGACGACAGCACCAACGAAUGGAAUUACUGUGACAGGAACUUCACCGGCCGCGGACUCUACAUCAAAGGUCCAGGCACGGACCUAGCUAACAUGGACAUUGACUGCGAUGGGGACCAGCAAAAUCCCGAUCCGCGCUGCCUGGGAUCGAGCGAUACUCAGCCCGCGACGGCCUUCCGGCGCCAGGUGCAGCAGUUAUCCAACAUCACCGACCUAAACGCUUCGAUCCACCCUUAUGUUGUGUUGGGAAAUGUUGGGGAUGUGACUUUCGAUCCUCGCGAUCACGGCAUCGAACCGCUUAGCGUGGUGGCUGUCGUCUGCGGAGGCCAGCUGAUUUACGGCAUCUGGGGCGAUAUCAACGGAAACGAUGCCAUGCCUCUGGUGGGCGAGGCGAGUCUAGCGCUAGCGACCGCGUGCUUCGGAGAUAGCAUGACUAGCAGCAAUGGGCACGAUGAACCCGAUGUGCUGUAUCUUGCAUUCGCGGGGCCCAAUGCAGUGCCGCGAACCGCUAACUGGGCUGCGAGAUCUUAUGGGGAAUUCGAAGCGAGUAUCACGGCCCUAGGAGAUGCAUUAGUGGCCAGAGUAUAA